GUCAUGCAUGAAAUCAAGCAUCUUGGACAGCAACAGAUAGAAAGCAUGGAAAAGGUCAGCAUUUUAAGACAGGAGUCAGAAUUUAAAACAGAAGAUCUUCAACAGCAGCUUAUUAAAAAACAGCAUGAACUUGAUGCACUUAACCAAAAAAUGUCAGAAAUUCAAAAUGCUUUGGUCAAAGGUCAAAUAAGUGCUUUCCAGAAACCAGAUCAUCUCAGCAAUGAUGGCAGCUUUGGAAAAGUUAACCACAUUACGGAAAAUAUGAGCUCACCAUUAAAUGAAGAUUCAUCAAAACAUUUUGCAAGACGAUCUGAACCAAGUGGUAAAGAGGGAUAUCCCCAUAACGGUCAAUACAAGCUGCCAUCCAAGCCAGUCCUGGGUGAUUCUAAUUCAAAAGAAAGAGAGAUAACCAAGAUCAAAUCUAAAGCUCAACAGCUGGACAAAGACAGGCAGAAUUUGUUGAUUGAAAUGCAAAGUUUACUGGAGGCUGCUGCUACUGAUAAUUUAAAGUUGCAUGAAGAACUUGAAGGUCGGAGCCAGGAACUUACUCAGCUGAACUCUGACCUGGAGCAGUCAAAACAAGAACAAGCAGAGCUUUUAGGUUAGUGGCCAACUUUCAUAUUGUUAUCUUAUAGAAAAAAAGGAUUUGUUUUUGACCUACAAUAAUAACAUUUUGAAUUUUAUUUGUGAAGAUAUUUUUUCAAUUUUCUAUUUAUGAAAUGGCUUUCCUGAUUAGAAAAAUAACCUUAAAGAUAAUAAAAUAUAAUUUUUAAGAGUGAUAAAAGGACAUCUUUAAGAGAGACAAAAUACCAUCUUUAAAAGAAAGAUAAAAUACCAUCUUUAAGGGAGAUACAAUUUCAUCUUUAAGAGAGAUAAAAUGUCAUCUUUAAAAGAGAGAUAAAAUGUCACCUUUAAGAGAGACAAAAUACCAUCUUUAAGAGAGCUUUAAGUACCAUCUUUAAGAGAGAUAAAAUGCCAUCUUUAAGAGAUAAAAUACCUUCUUCAAUAGAGAUAAAAUAAAUACCAUCUUUAAAAGAGAAAAAAACAACAACUUUAUUUCCAAAUACAACACAAAGUUCUGUCUUUAAUCCUUAUAUAAGGAAAAUAAAAUCAAUGAAACGUUAUCUUGAUAAAUGAACGGACCACUUGAUUUUGUCAUUUUUUCGUAAAGAUUUAAUCACUUUUGCAACUGAUCCAUUACAGACAUAACUUAUAUUUAACCAUUGGUUUGAAAGAUGAUAGAUGCUUACAAUUUUCUAAUGAUUUUCUUAUAAAGAUUGAAAUUAACAUUGUAUGGUAGAGUAAGUCCUAGUUGUUGGCAGUGAUUGCAUUUUUUGUAUAUUUAUAAAAUAUACGAUUUAUAUUAAAUAAUAUUAAAAUAUUUACAAUUUAAAAAGGAUACAUUCUUAUUUUAACUAUUUAGUUUAAUUCACUUUAUUGCAUAUAUUAUAUUUUUUCCAGAGGAGACAAAUGCACUUUACCAUCAAGCUGAUUUAAGUCUUGGUAAAUUAAAAAUGAUGUUAAAGGAAAAGGAACAGCAACUGAUCAAUGUCACCAGCUCCUUAGAACAGGCCAGGGCUACUCAAGUCAGGUUGGCUAAAGAGAGAGAUGAAUCCCUCAAACUAGCAACUGAGAGAGAAGCUGUCUAUAAUUCACUGAUUUCUUCCAACAGCUUUCAGGUAUAAUUUGUGAUUAACAAAAAUUAAAGAAAUCUGAUUUAUUGUAUAGUAGUUUUUCAUUUCAUAUAGGGUAUUAAUUUUGUAUAACGUUUGGGAAUUAUAUGAAUUCAACUUUUUGAUUAAAAUAUUUAUGUCUACAUAUUAAAUUGGCUUAUAUAAUUAACUUUUUAUUUUAUUAAAUGCAUUUAUUGAUUUAGUCAUUUGCUCAUGGACACGUUUUCAUUAAAAAAAUAUUAACAAUGGGUUUAUGAAAGUAUUUUAUUUGUUAGAAUGUAUUCAUAUCUUUUUUAAAAUUCACUUUUAAAUUUAACUGCAAGCUGAUUUUACAUAAUAAUGAAAUCCUCUCAAAACUAAAAAUAAUUAAUUUCAGGUCCAAUCAAUGAAAGAAAUUUUGAACUCCAGUAUUGAAGAGAAACAAAAUCUUGAAAAGAAGUUGAAA